UGCCUGCUAUCUUUCAGACACGCUCAUCCCAGGACCUCAGCAUCCAGAAUGUGGUGCUACUUCUUCUCAAGCUUUUGUUAAUGCCAAAUUAUUUAAAGCAAAAACAAUAAAAAGGGAGGCUCUCUUUUUAGAUUUAGCCUUUGUUGAACAGUGCUGCCAGAAAUCCUGCAUUUUGUCUGAGCUGGCUUUAUGUAAUGGCUUCUCAGUGGUAUUACCGUGGCGGCAAGGAAGCAGAUGUGAUCAAGUGCAAGUGAUGUUUGUGUUUAGUUCCCCUGUACGUACCCAAAGACUUCAGAGCUGGAUAACUUCUGAGCUGCAAGGUCCAUAUCCCCACACCCCACCCCACCCCCGGGUUAGAGAUCUGCAUGGAAUUGUUUUCUGCUUAAUCUCCAUUGAGGUAGGUGCUUCAGAGUAAGUUGUGACAGUGUUUCAUUCUCUAGCGCUUAAGCUGCAGAAUGGAUGUUCUGCAGUCCUUGGCAUUUUCCCUGGGGAGAGGGAUGAGUUGUGAGAAUUGCUUCACUUGAAUCCCCCUUAGGGCAGGUAAACCCUGUUGAUAAGUCUGUGUCCUAAGAUGAGCCACAAAAACGUGAUGUUUCUUAGCUUUCGUGGAUGGAGAAGUGAGAGUCUCACAAGUAAAAAAAGGCUGUUCUGCCUCUGAGCUUGUCAGGCUUUUGAGCUGAAUAAAUAAGUGCUGUUAUGCAUUAACUAGAGCAGAUGUUGCUGCAUGAGGACACGCUUCUCAGUUGUGAGGAAGAUGGACUUGAGUUUGUCUUGGUGAACUAAAGGAAUUCAGGUGUGUGGCCUCAUCCCGCCUCCUUAAGAUGCCAUUGUUACCCAUGCUGAACUAUUCACAUGCUACAUUUUCUAGGAAUGCUAAGUUUGUAGGUGAAAUCCAUAAAAAGCAAAGAGAAUGUGUUGCUGAAGGUGGUAUCUGCCUCACGGUCUUUCUUGCUGGAGUGGCUGAAUUGUAGCAGUAGGAGCUGUAUUUGGUAGGUGUUGCUAUGGAUUGUGAAAAAUACUAUGCCAUGUUCUGGUUGGUUGUGUCAGUAUUAUGUCUUCCAGAAUACAAAGGCACUUCAGAGUGAGCGUUUGAAGGGAUGUUUCUUCAUUAAGACAAAAUGCAAAUACUGCGUGACCUCAGAACAGGGGAAGUAUUGUCCAUGGAGUAGAAAAAGGGAGUGCUCCCGUGUGUAGUAAAAUGAGGAAGAAUUCUACAAUUGCUUCCUAUUCCAAAUAUGACACCAAAAAAGCAGUAAUAAUGUAAAGGCUUUAAACUGCCAAGGAGUUUGACCUGCUUACAUUAAAUUCUUGCUCUGGAUUCUUUUCUAGAGGAGUCCCUCUCCUUUCUCUGACGGAGACUAAUCUUCAGGGGCUAAAGUUUGCUGCUGUUCCAUUUCUACAUGCAUUUGUGCGAGCAUGGGACCCCGAGAGACAGCAGUGUUAGGGCUGUAACCGAGCAGAAGUAUUCAUAAUCUCAGAGGUGAAAAGCACACUCAGGAUAACAAAUGUAUUUGUCUUUUUAAUAAGCUUUUAGGAAUUGUUUCCCUUUGUCUUUUCCCCUCCCCAGGCAGAAGUGAAUUCAGGAAGAUGGGACUACCGUGUGAUAAAGCUGACCCACUGUGCCGCCUCAGCAUUUUCUCUCAUUUGCAGGGAAGGCACUCCCUCCUCUUUCCCAUAAGUCUGUCCCUAUCCUUGCUCUUUUGAUGGGUUUAUACAGGAUUUCCUGCUGAGUCAAUGGAGGAGGAAUGCAGGGAGAUAGCGGUCUGGCUUUACGCAGGGAGCCAGAGGGUGUUGCAGCUCGGCGGAGGCAGAAGUCAGCACUGCCUUUUGACUUAUAUGUAUGUUCACAGAGGGAGCUCCGAGGGCUGCGGCCCCCAGGAUCCCAGCCCGCUGCUGGAACGGCUCGGUGGCCCCGGAGGCGCUGGGGACAGCUCGGGAUGUCCUUCCUCUGGCAUGCUGGCGGCGCGAGGGAGAUCCACAUAUCUCAGCCCCGCCGGCGUCUGCUUCGUUCCCUGCUGUGAAGAAAUCCCCGCACGUGCGCUUGCAACUGCACAGGGCCAGCUGAGAUGUAAGGCACGGUAAAGGCUUUCCCCACUACACUCGCGCCUCUGAAGGACAGCGCUGGACAGAUUAACAAAAUCAAUACGAGGUAGCAAUCGCAGAGAGGUUUCUGUCUUCAGCGGUGUGAAAUGAAGCGGGGUCAAAUGCAUCGGUGGUGCAACGGAAGUGAGUAAAGACACAGCUGGGAUGGACUUGGCCGGAGCUGGCUCUUAGGCUGAGGAAGAGGUCCCCUGAGGAAGCCCUGAUUCUCCAUCCAAAACUCAACAGCUCUGUGCGGUAAAACCCUGUAGGAGAGUUAUUUCUGUAAGUGCAAGUGUCCUAAACCUUUAACAUUGCAAGAUAGGAACAUGAAAUCUCCAGAAUAACUCUCCCCUUAUGCAGAUAACUGGCUGAAAAAUAUUUCCAGAGUAAAACUGCUUAAGAUACAGUGCAUGUAAAAUGCUUCCUUGGUCUUGUGUUUCAGCCCUCGGAGCCCUCCACCGAGUCCCUCCAUGUCUGUAGCCACCAAGCAUUUUUCUCAUCAUGAGUUCUGAGUUAAAUGUUCCAGUGGAUCCUUCCACUCCUGCUUGCUGCUCUGAACCUGGCACAAAAGGCAUGGAUUAUCGGGACUGGGUCCGGCGCAGCUAUCUGGAAUUGGUCACAUCAAACCACCACUCCGUUCAAGCCCUUUCAUGGAGAAAACUGUACCUGAGCCGAGCCAAACUGAAAGCUUCCAGCAGAACCUCUGCUCUGCUCUCUGGAUUUGCAAUGGUUGCCAUGGUGGAGGUGCAGCUGGAGGUACAGUACAAGUACCCCCAGAUGCUGCUGAUUGCUUUCAGUGCCUGCACAACAGUGCUCGUGGCAGUUCAUCUCUUUGCCCUUCUCAUCAGCACCUGCAUUCUGCCUAACGUGGAAGCAGUGAGCAACAUCCACAACCUGAACUCCAUCAGUGAGUCCCCGCAUGAGCGCAUGCAUCCCUACAUCGAGCUGGCGUGGGGCUUCUCCACCGUCUUGGGGAUCCUCCUUUUCCUUGCGGAAGUUGUGCUUCUGUGCUGGAUAAAAUUUCUGCCUGUGGGCUCCAUCCUGAAAAAUGAGACCACCAACGUUGAGAAGCCCAGCGGCCAUGCAGGUUGGCAGUCAGCGCUGGUCUCCACCAUCAUCAUGGUCCCAGUGGGUCUGAUUUUUGUCGUCUUCACCAUUCACUUCUACCGCUCUUUGGUGCGGCACAAAACGGAGCGCCACAACCGAGAGAUCGAAGAGCUUCACAAACUGAAAGUGCAGUUAGAUGGGCAUGACAGAGGCAUGCAGGUAGUGUGACAGAGGCAGAGGCUGCUUCCAGCAAAUCUGCUCAGCUAAGGCUAAGAGCAAAAUACCUGUUUUGCUAGUUGGUGAGACGCACCAGUGAUGGAUUGUCUUGAGGCUUAAAUAUGUAAAUGCUAAUUGCCUGCCAUAUAUAGCUGUGGGUUCUAGUGCUGUUUCAGAUGCUGAGGUCUCUGGCCUGUUUCUGGUCCUACACACUUGCGUACUUAAGUUGACACUGUCAUGGAGUUCAAGAUCAAAACUUUAUCUACCUUAACAUUGUUUCAGGUAGCCAAAAAUCUGUAUUUUUUACAAAUGCAGUAUUCUGUUGCCAAAAGUAAAACUGCAUCAGCUGUCCAAAAAGCCAGUGUGUGUGUAGGACCUGUCUUAUGUGUCAGAACUCCCUGGCUGUCAGUGCAGCAGCAAUUAACUGGCAGCUCGUUUCUAGAGCUGAGCUGGUUAAUGUGGGUAUCUGCAGCUGACUUGAGGAUGUCCAGGAAAGCGCAGUAGAAAUGGUGAGUGUUGAUCACCUUUGUUCCAAAGCAAGUAUUCCAUAAAUACAUAACCAGAAAGAAA